AUGGAGAAGUCAGAAUGAUGAUGGAAGACGCAAGUGAUUGUGAGAGCUCCGACUUAGAUGAGUCUGAUUAUACGCCUUGUACUAAACUAUCGGAUAAGAUAUUAGAAGACGAAGGACCCCGUCGGAAGCGUUCAACAAAACCCGGAAGAUCUGCUGGUGCACCAUUGGUAAACGAUAUUAGAGCAUUGAGAUACUCUCAUGAGGGAGUGUUUUUCAAACUCAAUCACUCUGAUCAAAAAUGGCAAAUUCUUCCAGUCAGGCUAAACACAAAGACUAACAACGCCACCAAUGAUGCAAACGACUUACCCAAACUCUAUAGAAAUAGGAUAAAAAUUAAGGCAGAAAAGUAUAAACACCUUCAAAGUCUAAAGGCAACCAUGGAAGUCGAUUAUCAUGCCUUCUAUGAUAAUUUACCCCAUGAUUGAAUAAAUCGUAGAUAAGCACAAUCCGAUUUUGUUUUACUUUUAUGAAUACAUGUGUUUUCUUCCUUAAGCCGCUCUAUUAAGCACAAUCUGAAUUAUGUUUAUAUUUUUAUGAAUAAAAAUUGUAUUUUUCCUGAGUAGCUUCAUUGUUACUGUUCAAAUAUCCCAUAUGAGGAACCCCUAUCUCCAGGUUUUUGGCUGAAUAUAAAAAAGAAAACUGCCUAUCUCCUUUUUUUUAUCAUAGUAAAUGAUCUAUGCUAAAAUAUUGUCCAAGCAUAUAGUUUUUAGCUGCUACAAGACACUUUCUGAUCGUUUAACACAGUCAUUCUUGUGAAAAAUACUACAGUUCAAUCUGAUGACGUUUUUUGUGUCUCCUGUAAAAUUUAUAGAAACGGAGAUACGCAUUUUGCCGAUUAAGCCGACGAUAUAUUGUACCUUAAACGGUAUGAAAUUUACAUAAAGAUAGAAUUACCUCAGAA